AUGUUUUGGCUCACACAGGUUUUGACCGGUUUUGUGAACGGUUUUUUCUUUUCUUGGUUUUGUUUCCACCGUUUUUUUGCUCGGGGGCCCCACAUUGGCUUCAACGGGAUCCUCAUUUGGACCCAAUUCAUUUCGACCCAAAUCACGGCGGGGAAGGGGAGAGAGCGACGCAGAAGGGGAAAAAUAGCCGCCGUGGUCGGAGACGAGCCCGUCCGCCGUGGUCGAGCGGUCGCUGCGCCCUUCUGCAACCUGCGCGUGGGAGUGGGGCCUGCGGGGCCUCGGGCUUGGGGCGGCAUCUCCAUUGCUGUGCGUCGAGCUCGUCCUCAAGCUAUGGGUAGACUUCACACAAACUUUGCAAGUACAAACAUAGAGGAAGAUGGUUUAUCAGAAGAUGAUUUAUCAGAAGACAAUGAAGAAAGCUUCUGCAAUCCUGUGUCUAAGGACAAUGUGAGAGAUAGCAAUUUCGAUAAGGCACUUAUCGAGUUUUACAUGAAAAUCAUCUCUGAGCAAUCUAAGAAGUCAAGGAUGGAGAAUGCAGACAGUAAAGUGUGUACAAGGUACUCUGGAAAAUUGUUUUCAACUGUAAUCAAAGCAUUGACUGAUAAGCAGAUUUCUGUAAUCAAACUCUAUGGAAUGGAAUGCAUGUUGAAGUUUGUAAAAAUAGAUGUGCCUCUUAGAUUUGUGAAAUGGAUAGCAAGUGUUUUUGACACCAAUUCCUCAGAAAUUCAGUUAACAAAGAAAUUCAUUCCUGUUAAUAAGCAAACAAUCCAUAAUAUUUUGGAUCUUCCUAUUGGUGGAAUUGAGCUUGUCCCUGAUUGCGAAGCUGGCCGUGAAUUUAUGUUGUCUCAUUUCAAAGUAACUUCCAUUCCAAAUGUCAACUUCUUUGCCAACAAGCUAAUCUCCGGGGAAGAGUUGUCAGAUGAAGAUAUUUUCAUUUGCUUCUUGUCAGUUUGUUUCACAAGCUUCUUGUGUCCAAACUCAAGCCUAUUACCAAGCACCCAGUACUUUCACAUUUUCAAAGAUUGUAAAAGUUUUGCGAGAUAUGAUCUGUCCAAGUUUGUAUAUGACUGGCUAAUUACUAGCAUACGAAGUUUCAAGCUGGCGACAAAGAAAUUAUCAAAACGCACAAUCACUUUUGGGGGGUGCCACUAUGCUCUAGCUGUUUCAUAUCUUGAUAGUGUCGAAUUUGGAUUAAAUUCACUCCCCAAUGAGUAUCCACGAAUACUUGUUUGGAAAGGUAACAGAAUUAGGAAAUACUCUGAGAUGGAUAAAACUAGCAGGAACUCAUUUGGAAAAAGGCCAUUAAAGCGAUUGGUUCCUGCCUCAGUUUACCAGGUCGAAAGGUCAAUUGGAAAGGAUUCAUGCAAGAAGUUUUCAAAAACUUUUAGUUCUCCUUUCAACCUCAAUGGCAAGCUUAAGGCUUUGUUUUCAUCUUUCCUUACUAAUGAGGUCAUUGAUGAUAUUGUACAAAUCAUACACACCAACAAUAUUGGGAAACCUAAAGAUUUUGAAGCCUGGUCACAUUCUUUAGUAUGCGACGUGCUUAGUUGUUUGCAAAAUUCCCAGCAUGCUCCUGAGCCUUCAUGCAGCAACAAUUCAAUAGGAAAUCUUUUUCAAUUCAAAUUUCCUCACGGAAUGCAAAACAAUAAUCCAACUACAAGAAAUCUGAAACCAGCAAAUAACAAUGACAAUGAUAAGGCGACAAAAGUUCGCAACGAAGGGAUUCAAGAACCAAACAAGCGACAUAACAUUUUUGAUACGACAGACAUUCCUGACUUAGAUAGUGGUACUAUAAGUAAAGGGAAGCUUGCAUCCGGUAAAUACCAACAUUUGGCGAAGCUAUUAUCCAAACAUAAAGAUCAUACACCGCUUGACAAACCUGAUAAUCCAGAAACAGAAAGAAUUUCCAAACCACCCAUGGUACAUUCAUUUCAAACAAACAAUGGAAAACCAGUUCCUAUUUUGUCAGACAAAGGGCCGGACAGAAGAACCAGAAAACAACUUUUUGGGUCUUUUUUGACUGCAGACAUUUGA